CUAUCGACGACGCACGUGUGUGCCAUCAUUUGUCGGAUUUUUUGCCGCCUUAGCGAGAACCGAGGAGGUUUUAAAACUUUUUUCGAGGGUCGGGUGCAGUGUGUGCAAUAAUGAAAAAGUUUUGUGUUGACGUUCCGUGAUUUUUGGAGUUUUUGAGUUUUGUUGUUUGUGUUGUUGGCAAUCGAAGUCACGUCACGAGUGGAUUUUCAAGUUAACCGGCGUUUUGUUUAACGGAGUGUUUGCAGACUCAAACAAUGCGUGCAUCGUUCACACUAUUUAGUGUGUGUUUGUACGCGUUGUUGUCCAGUGGAACGUCGAGUGGCGAUGACAGGAGAUGGCUGAUGUCUCUAGUUGACCUUGUCGAGUUGGACUAUGAAGAUAACUGCGAACAGAGAGCUACUGCAAGCUGGAAUGAACUGAUAGGUGCUCCGAAAGGACUUGCUAAAAAGUUGGAGCGUGACAAAGCAUUCGGAAUACUUUCGCGGCAGCAAACUGCCGAAGUGAAGAGCGCAGUAAGUCCUAAAGCGCUGGCGUCUGACGACUUACUAAAGAGGAGAGUUAAACUUCUUCUACAACCGGGCGACACUUUACUGGAGCCGGAACAAUGGAUAAGGCUUGUAACCUUCGGUAAUACGGCGUUACAUAAGCUGCGAUUUGCAACGGAUUACUAUUGCGGAACUCAAACAAAUUGCACUUUAAGAGAAUUAAAUAGAAACAUGGCAAAGCAGCAUGAUGAAGACGUUUUACUUCGUAUGAAAAAUUCAUGGGAACAAAAACUUCCAAACCAAAAGGAAUAUUUGGAACAUAUUCUACCGUUGCUAAGAAAUGCUUCAAAAGAAAAUGGUUAUAAAACAGUUGAAGAAUAUUGGGAUUCUUUAGCUGAAUACGAAGGUGCUCUAUUAAAAGUUAGAGAAAUCUGGGAUUAUAUAAAUCCUUUGUAUGUAAAGCUACAUAAAUAUAUAGCUCUAAAACUAAAAGGAGCAGACGCUGUUGGAAAACCUUUGCCUGUUCACUUAUUGAAAUCAUUGAAUGGAGAUGACUGGUCUAAUAUUAUCGAGAAUUUAUUGCCUGAACGUGCUGAUAUUUAUCAGAAACUUCAUGUACAUUUACGACUUCAGGAAUUCGGAGGAUUAAAAGCGUUUAAACAAGCAGAGAAUUUGUUAAAAUUCUUAGAAAUCGGUGAGAUUGAACCGGAAAUUUUUGCGGAAUCGUACUUCAAUGGUUCAUGUCCGACCAGUAUUGUAGAUUCGUGUAAGCCCAACAAAUUGAGAUUCGUGACUUGCGGAGAUGUUAGUCUAGUGAACUAUAUUGAGGCUCACGAAGCAGUUACUAAGCUGAAAUAUAAAAUUACAUCGGCUUUACAUAGUAACAAUACGUAUGUAUUGAGAGAAGCUACACGAUAUUCAGCAAUUUAUGAAGCGAUUCCAGGAUUUAUAUCGCUGCUAUCUUUAAACCCUCACACUCUAGACAGAGCCAAGUUAUAUCCGUUAGAGAGAUUUAAUUAUAAUCCAAAUUAUCAUCGAUUGGUGUUGCAGCUAAUAAUUGCACUUAGAGAUUUACCAAAGUUAAAUUAUUACAUUGCUGCCGACGAGUGGCGACUGAAAGUUUUAACGGGUACUAUUCCAUCUUCGAAAGUUGCAGCGAGUUGGAAAGAAUUUCGGGCAAACUUUUCAAUGCUAGAAACAUCUAACAAAGACAUUUUGGGAGAUUCUUAUGUUUUAUUUAACAAACCAUUUGUUGGAAAAUUUAUGGGAAUCAUAUUAAAAUAUCAAAUUUAUCAAUCAUUCGCCGAAGAACUUAUAUCGGAUGAUUACGAUUUAGUCAAACACGUGAUGGAAAAGAACGAACGGCUGAUUGAACCAAUGAUUAGAGGAUUCAGUGCCAAAUGGCCAGAAAUGGUGAGCGAUUUAUUAGCAAAAAGGGAAAACAGCUUAGAAUAUACUGGGCUCACUGAUUACUUCAGAUUAUUGGAUGAAUAUUUAGACAAUCAAUUAGAUCCAUCAACUGACAGUAAUGAUAUAGCCGAGUACGUAGAUCCACCUGAAACAGAUGUUAGCCAAGAACGGGUCCCUGAUGAAAAUGACAUACCAAUAAAUCAGAAUAAUAUAGACCUUAAACAAAUACCAGUAGAUACAAACGGUAAUAUAAUGGAUAAUGUGAUUGAUACUGGUGGGGAUACUCACAAUAAAUUUAGCUUUGAAACAUCUACAGUCGGUGUACUCGAAAUUAAAAAUCCAGUAGCGACUGGGGAACAAAAUGAAGAAACAAGACCUAAAGAAGCAUCCUACAAUACAUAUUGGUGGAUAGGAAUAGGUGUUGCGUUAGUAGUUAUAAUAGCGCUUGUGGCAAUUAUAGCACGAAAACGUCAUAGUCAUAGAAAACAACUAGAAAGACAAAGACGGGAAAAUACGGUUGCCUGAUUUGAGGAAUAUCGGUUCUAGAUUUGGGACCGAUAUAAAAGAGACUACAAUAGCUAAAUAGUGCCAAUGGAUUAAAGUGUGAGUGUAUAUUAUAAAAUAGUGGGGUGAACCUGGUUUUAAUGUUUUUUUCUCUUUAUUAUGGAUAUCUUAGAUUAAUUUGUGUUAUUGUUCGUAUGAAUGUGAAUAAAUUAUUAUUUAUAUCUGUGGUGCUCUAACAUUAUAUUCUAUCGAAUCAUUUUACUAUUGAAUUGAGUUUAAUCUGUGUCUAUGGUUAAAUAAUAAGUGGAAUUUGUAAUAUAGAUAAUAAAAUUUAUGAAAUAUUUUUGUACAUAUCACAACUCGUGACAGUAAAAUCGAUGUUACCUGCAACUUUUAAAGACGUAUGUCUAUAGUUGUAAAUUCUAGUUAGAUGUAAUUUCGCUGUGCCUUAAGCGUUUCAAUUUCAUAUAAGUUACAUUAUAAAAUAAUAUACGAGAACAAAUUUGUAAAAAAUCAUAGCGUAAUUUUAUAAAAAUUUCUAUUUUUUUCGCUAUAAUAAAUUCCAGAC